AUGUCUACCUCCACAAGAGAAUCAAAGAGGGGAAAAACUAAUGUGACGAAACCGCCACCAGAUCCUAAAAAGCAGUUAAAGAAACAUAUUGUGAACUUGACAAAAAACGGUGAUAGUGUCUUGAACGAAGAAAACCUCAAAGAAGUGAAAAGGUACUGCAGAGAAUCGGGCGAAUUAAUUGAUUUUACGUAUGAGAUUAUACUCGGCCAAUUAAAGAGUAAACGUGCGCAGGUCCGAUACUCAGCCCUACAACUUAUUGACGUCCUUUUCAACCGCUCCAAACGCUUCAGAGAUCUUGUAACAAACAAUUUGACAGAAAUUCUUCGACUUACUAUUGGAUUACACCAAACAUCAUUACCUCCGCCAGCUAAUAUUGCUAUAAAGUUAAAAAGACUUGGAGUCGUGCUGUUGAAGCAGUGGAAUGAAAAAUUUGGCAUCUUUUAUAAACAGCUCACUCUUACCUAUAGAAUAAUAAAGGAUAAUCCGAUAAUGAUUGUCACUGAAGCCGACGCUUCUAAUGUAAUUACGCACGAUGAAUAUGUUCGGAAGCAACGCGAGAAUCAGGCGCGUAUAAUCCAAAACGAUGAGGCUCGUUUGCAGCAAAUUGAGAAGAAAAUGCAAGAAUCGAUUAAUGAUCUCAUCGUUCAGAAUCUAGAUAUAAUGGAAAUUUGUUUUGAGAUGUUAGUCCCGAAACCAGUUGAGGAUAUGGUUUCGUCGACCACUACUACAUCUGCUAUUACUGAUGUUACUAGAAUUAAAUCUGCUACAACUGAAACUAUUGGACCUAAUAUUAUUGAAUCAAGAUCCGCUGAAAUUAUACAAGAAAAUAAAGCAGCACACGGAUUAGGCUCGAGUAAAUACGAACUGACUAUCACAAUCUCCACCAAAAAUCCAACAGGCGUAAAAGAAACUUCGGAGAACCACGUCAUAUACCAAAAUAUCCGUGAAUAUUCUAAAGUGUUGCUGAAACAUUUGGAUAUUGUGAAUGGGUGGUUGAACGAUUUGGAGAAGUUGAAUGUGAACAGCAAACGCCUUACUGAACAAGCGAACAAUCUUAAAAGGAGGUUGGAAACCGCUAAAACUCGGUGUGAAGAACUUGGCAUUAAAGUGACAGUUGAAAAAAGAAAGAAUAGGGAAGAUGAUGAUUCGGAUUUUGAGGAGGUGAAAAUACCAAAAGUUAAACAUACUGAUGCAUCUACUAUUACCACAACACCCACCGAGGCAUCCACAUCCCCAUCUUUCUUACGAUCCGAUACGCCAAACUUCUCGUCACGCAGAGAACACCUGAACUUGUGCGAAACUCGUCGAUUUUCCGUACUCCGCACCCACACCGCCGCAGCUCGGUACAAUCCUUUAACCGGACCGGGAGGAUGUCCCCGUGAACAGGAGGAAAAUCUCCCGUCCCCUAAAGUCUUGUCACCAGUGCCUUUGGCCAUGAAACUCCAGAAACGUAGCCAUGUGUUGCAGAAUAGAGAAGAUAGUUCUGAAGGUCUACAGUUAUGA